AAUGUCAAAAAUUCUGAACCGUCAUCCAUUGCAACGAGUCGGUAUUUUUGUGUUUAAUUUCAUUAAGACAAUAAACUACAAUAAUCGUUAGCAUGUCGGCUAAUAAGGAGGACACAUUACGACAGUUUUGUGACGUGACCGGUGCCGACGAAACUCGCAGUCGUUUCUUUUUGGAAUCCUCGAAUUGGCAGCUUGACGUAGCGUUAUCUAGUUUCUAUGAGCACGGAGGUAGUGUAGACGAGGCGCCUAUACCUACGGUUGCUCCGGCGUCGUUGCCGACGCUGUCGGACAGUGACAUGGAGUCCCCGCCGGCGUCGCCGGUGCGACAGAAGAAGGAGAAAAAGAAGCCCACUGGAAACUUCGCGACGUUAGGAUCGCUCCAGCAGGAGAGCUCCAGUGAUGAAGAUGAAGGGCAAGCAUUCUACGCCGGCGGGUCAGAAAGGUCUGGCCAACAGAUCAUUGGCCCAGGCAAGAACAGGAAGGACAUAGUCACUGAGAUGUUCAAAAGUGUGAGAGAACGUGGGGCCGUGGUAUUUGAAGACGAGCCAACGACGGCCAGCCGAGGCCGCGGUGGCGCUUUCAGCGGUACUGGCUACAGACUUGGACAGACAUCAGACGACCACGAGCCAGUGUCGGCGCCGGGCGCGCAGUCGCAAGGGGAGGACAUCCGCGCCGUGCGCCUGCGCCUGUACAGAGAGGGCUUCACCGUGGACGAGGGCCCCGUGCGCUCCUACACCGACCCGGAGCACGCGGAGUUCUUAGACAGCAUACGCCGAGGGGAAAUUCCGGCGAGCCUGGGUGGCGCUGGCGCGGUGCGCGUGUCGCUGGAGGACCGGCGGCACGAGCCCGCGCCCGCGGCCAAGUCGCACGCCUUCGCCGGCAAGGGCCAGAUGCUCGGCAGUCCGACGCCACCAGUGGUGGGCGCGCCGGCGGCGGCGGGCACGCCGGACCGCGACGCCAACACGCGCGCCGCGCAGGCCGCCGUGCAGCUCGACGACACGCAGCCCGCCACCUCCAUACAGUUCCGGCUAGCGGACGGCACCCGCGUGGCGGGCCGGUUCAACCUGUCGCACACGGUGGCGGAGCUGCGGCAGUUCGUGUCGCGCGCCGAGCCCGCCUACCGGGCGCGGCCGUUCCUGCUGCUCACCUCCUACCCGCCCGCCGAGCUGGCCGACGCCGCCACCGUGCAGCAGGCCAACCUCGCCAACAGCACGCUGCUGCAGCGGCUCAAGUAAACAC